AUGUUUCUUGCUGGGAAGGUUGAAGAAACUCCGCGGCCACUAAAAGAUGUUAUCCUUGUGUCUUAUGAAAUUAUUCAUAAGAAGGAUCCUAAAGCAGUACAGAGGAUCAAGCAAAAGGAGGUGUAUGAACAGCAGAAGGAAUUAAUUUUACUUGGAGAGAGGGUUGUUCUUGGGACUCUUGGUUUUGAUCUUAAUGUACUCCAUCCAUAUAAACCUCUAGUGGAGGCAAUAAAGAAAUUCCAAGUAGCUCAAAAUGCCCUUGCUCAAGUUGCAUGGAAUUUUGUCAAUGAUGGACUUCGGACAUCUCUUUGCUUGCAAUUUAAACCCCACCACAUUGCAGCUGGUGCCAUUUUUCUUGCUGCCAAGUUCCUAAAAGUAAAGCUCCCAUCAGAUGGCGAGAGGGUGUGGUGGCAAGAGUUUGACGUCACCCCACGCCAAUUGGAGGAAGUAAGCAAUCAAAUGUUGGAACUAUAUGAACAAAAUCGAGUUCCAGCUUCCAAUGAAGUUGAAGGGACUGCAGCAAGUGGCGCUGCUCAUCGGGCUCCAGCAAAAGCUACAACUAGCAAUGAAGAAUAUGCUACAAGCAACAGUAAUCUACAGGGUGGUGAUACAAGACCUGGAACCUUGAAGCUUGCAUCAUCUAGGCCAGAACCCGACCAAUUAGAUGUUGGAAAUGAUAAUGGACCUCCUAGAAAUACCCAAAGUCUAAAUAAUGACAACAGAAGUACAGAUAUCAGAAAUGCUCCAGACCACGAUGUGAAUGUAGAAUUCAAAGAUAAUCAGCACUCUGCACCAUUGUCAUCGCACCAGGAGCAGAUGGGAGAUGCUCAAAACGUAUCAAAAUCUGGUUCUGAGGGCCGUCAUGAAGAAGGUCAAGAAGAUAAUGGGAAAUUUGACACAAGAGAAGCAGGGGAAUUGAAGGCCAAACAAUUUGGCCGAAGUUUGGAAAAUGGACAAGGUGCACUUGGGCAGUCACCUCAGGAUGUAAUAAAAAAGAUUGACAAAAACAAGUUGAAGGCAGCACUGGAAAAACGAAGGAAGUCCCAGGGUGAUGUGACUCGAAAAAAAGAUUUGAUGGAUGAGGAUGAUCUUAUUGAGAUGGAACUGGAAGAUGGUAUUGAACUGGCUGCUGGGAGUGAGAAAAUCAAGGGAGACGGGAGUCAAAGCUGGGUUAAGUCCUCAAAUAGAUCAGAAAAUGAGGACCUGCAUCAGGGAAAACAACAAGAGGAUGCCAGUAAUGGUAGAACUGAUUUAAGCAAUGUGGAAGAAGGUGAGGUAUCUGCACUUGCUGAUGGUGGCCAAGGAUAUCAUUCUCCCAUUUCAAGUGACCGCAAGAGAAAAAGCCCUCCACUCAAUGGUGUAGAGAAGAAGCAGCGGUGUGAUUAUUCACCUGGAACUGCCCACCAUAAUCAGUUUGAUCAUGCAGAAGAUCACAGCGAGGUUGGCCGGGUUGUACACACAGAAAUGGAUCACAAGAGGCAAGUACAGGAAAAUCAUGUCUGA